AUGUCCGGAGUACCUGUGACAGACACAGGUAAAGUCGGCGGUAAGCUGCUAGGCAUCGUCACUUCGAGAGACAUCGACUUCCUCGAACGUUUGCCCAAUUAUCAACAUAAGUCGCUUAGCUCUAUAAUGACAACUUUGGAAGAUCUAAUCACCGCACCAGCUGGCGUAACGUUGCAAGAGGCAAACGUUAUAUUGGAAAAGUCGAAAAAGGGAAAGCUUCCCAUUGUCAACGAACGGGGCGAACUUGUGUCUCUGAUGGCGAGGACCGACUUGAAGAAGAAUCGUAGCUAUCCAAACGCUAGCAAGGACGAGAAUAAGCAGCUGUUGGUAGGAGCUGCGAUAGGAACGCGAGAUGCGGACAAACACCGAUUGGAAUUGCUCGUCGCAGCUGGCGUGGACGUAGUGGUAUUGGAUUCGUCACAGGGCAAUUCAUUGUAUCAGGUCGACAUGAUCAAGUACAUCAAGAAGCAAUGUCCGAAUUUACAAGUGAUCGCUGGCAACGUCGUGACUACGAAGCAAGCCAAGAAUCUUAUAGAAGCGGGAGCUGAUGCGUUACGCGUUGGAAUGGGUUCUGGAUCUAUUUGCAUAACGCAAGAAGUAAUGGCUGUAGGACGGCCUCAAGCGACAGCCGUCUAUAAGGUUUCCGAAUACGCUAGAAAAUUUGGAAUACCCGUCAUAGCGGACGGUGGUAUUCAAUCUAUCGGUCAUAUUAUUAAAGGUCUCAGCUUAGGUGCUAGUACAGUUAUGAUGGGUUCUCUCUUGGCUGGAACAUCUGAAGCUCCGGGUGAGUAUUUUUUCAGCGACGGAGUCCGUCUAAAAAAAUACAGAGGGAUGGGCUCGUUGGAAGCCAUGAAUAGAAAGGACGCUAAAGGUUCGGCGAUGGAUAGGUAUUUUCAUAAUGAAAUGGACAAACUAAAAGUAGCUCAAGGUGUUAGCGGAUCAAUAGUGGAUAAAGGCUCGGUCCUUAAAUUUCUGCCUUAUUUGACUUGUGGUAUCAAGCAUGGUUGUCAGGAUAUUGGAGCAAAGUCGCUUACCACCUUGCGAUCUAUGAUGUAUAGCGGGGAAUUGAAAUUUGAAAGAAGAACGCAUUCGGCUCAACAGGAGGGCAAUGUACAUAGCUUAUUCUCCUAUGAGAAAAGACUGUAUUAGUUGUGAAAAAUAAUAACUCGUAAAGCACGCAUCGUUAUGCGUGCAGGAAAAGUACCUGCAUUUAAUUGAAUAUCAUUAUUUUACAAGACUAGUUAUUUUGCAAGACCUGCGAGAAAUCUCUUAUCUGUCACGAAUGUGCGUACAUUGUUAACCAGGUUAUGACUCGGACUCGACCAAAUACAAUUCGUUUAUCUUAGAACUGUACUUUACGAGUAGGAAAACUACAUCAGAUCAUCAUUUAUUACAUCAGUCUCGUACAUGUACUUGUUAUUUAAUGAAUAUCUAUCAUAUGGUACUUUAUAAAUUUUAUCUAUAUUUUAUAUUCAUAACGAGCAAUCAAGAGAAUGACUUUUUGUAUCGUACGAUGCAUAAUAUUAAUACACAACUGACAACGUGCGAUUUUGUUACUUUAUCAAGUAAUUGGUACAAUAAUGAGAAAUUAUUUAAUAGCAAAAUCAUGUUAAUGUUAAUAAAUACUACAAUGUAGAGAGGAUCACUGUUCUUGAACAUACAUUGUAAUAUUUGGUCGCUCGUCCAUUUCUCUUAACAUAGUUUCCAAUUGAUACUUUAGCCCCAAGCUAACUUUUAUCUUUAAUGUUGUAACUUUCCAAAAUAAAAAUUGGAAAAUGUUUAGUACGACAAUCCAAUAGUAUUAAACCUCGAAGAAAAUCACUUUUCCAGUAUCAACGGGAAAAGUGUUUGCAGCUGUGUAUAUGUUUUAUACAGUAUUCUCAUAAUAAACUGUAUAUCUCAAAUAAAAGACAAUUCAUGUA